AUGAAUGGCACAGUGGAACAAUGUGUAUUCUCUGGAACUCAGCGUGAUCAUCGAAUUCGUUCACAGAAGGAAAAAAAAGAAAUUAACUAUGUAACACCAGUUGAAUCCUGUAAGGUUCGGAAUGAAAAAAAAACUUACACAACAACACUAGGACCGUUUGGACAUUGGCGUAGAGCGUUACUCGAUGGUGGGGAUGACUGGACUUCGCCGUGCAUUAUUUACCUUUUAGAAAAGGUUGACGAUAUCAGUCGUCGAACCACUCCGUCUGAACCACCUAGUGAAGUAGGCCAAGCUUCACUGCACGCUAUUUCAUCGCAUCACACGCUAUUAGAAUUCCUCCCACCACUGCAAUCUAAGGAUAUAAGGGCAGCUGAGGUCAAAAUUUCAUGUUCCGAUUAA